UAUUCACGGAGGAUGACGUAUAUAAUGAGUGGAUUUUGAGCGGUGGAGGUUAUUCUAGACAAUUCUUUACCGGCUCAAUUCAUCACGCAGGAAAAAAUAACAUGCCAUUGAAAUCAAAAAUCCUUUGGAAUAUCGCUCACGUGCCCCGUCCACGGAUUGUUAAGAAACCCCCACCCCCGCCACCUUGGCCUGUAACUACAUAUCCCGCUAAAAUGGAAGCCCUCGCCACGUCAUCGACUAGCCAAUCACUCUGGAUUUUCGGCUACGGAAGUCUCAUCUGGAACCCUGGAUUCACGUUCUCCACGUCACGAAAAGCCUACGCUAUCGGAUGGGCUCGACGAAUGUAUCAAGGAAACACAUAUCAUCGAGGUGACGAGAAAUUGCCCGGACGCGUCGCCACCCUUAUCGAGGAGACCAACUCUUACACGAACGGAGUCGUGUUCCGUGUCGACGGAAAAUCCGCCAUCGCCACUGCUGUCAAGUAUCUCGAGCAGAGAGAGUGCGACAACGGCUACGCAUUCCGAAUGGUGCCUGUUCAAAUCAGAUCUGCUGCUCACCGCCGUCCUACAGUAGUCAUGGCGCUGACCUGCGUGGCCGAUCAGCAGAAUGAGCUGUACCUCGGCCCCGAUGACCUCAUCAAAAUGGCACGAGAAAUCGUGACGGCAAAAGGAUGCGCCGGACCAAAUUGCGAAUACGUCCUCAAUCUGGCCGAAAAUUUGCGGAAACUCUUCCCCAACGACGAGGACGACCAUCUUUUUCAACUCGAGCAUCACGUCAGAAUCGCAAAAGUCCGAGCCUAGGCCUACCACACUUUAUAAAAAAUGUAAAAUUUUCAAAGUCCCGUGGUGUCAGGCUGUCCCAUUGCGGUUUGACCUACAGAAAAAUGCGGGAAUCUUUUUACCACAAAAUGUGACGUCAGCACGCUCUUAACCAUGCAAAAUCAGUUGAGAAGUCUGCGUCAAAAUUCCAGCGAUUCUCGUAGAUCAAACCGACAUGGGACACUCUGGCACCACAUGAAAAUUUCUAGGUGCAGAAUUUUCUGUACAACCUACCUGAGUAGUAUUUUCCUGCAUAAUCCCCCAUCUGGCAUCUUUCACUGCAUUUUUUUUUGGAAAUUUCCCCCCAUCUGUGCUUUCCCGAACGCCUUUGAUAGGAAUCACUUGUAUUUUUUUCUUUUUUUUUUGAAUUUUUCUGUCUAAUCAACUUUAUAAUAUCGAUUUUCUCAUGUAUCAUGGGUUUUUUGUCUCAUUCCUUAUAGCUUUUUUCCCACAAAACCUGUGCUUUACAACGGUAGCAACGCUUUAGAAACGUGUAAAUAUUACUCAAAUUUGUACAUUUUUUUUGUUUUUAAAUUUUUUUAGUUGAAACAUUUUCCGGAUAUAUGCAACGAAUGAGAAUGAAUUAUUUGAAAUUUA